AUGGCGAUCAAUCAGCCGUCGGGACAAAUCAAGCUUACGAAUGUAUCGCUGGUGAAGUUGAAGAAGGGGAAAAAACGGUUUGAGAUCGCGUGCUACCAGAACAAAGUGCAAGAUUACGAGGAAGGUGUACGAAAGGACUUGGACGAGGUGCUGCAGAUCCACCAGGUGUUUGUGAAUGUGCCCAAGGGGCUGAUUGCACCCAAGGAUGACCUGCAGAAGUGUUUUGGGACCGUGGAUGUGGAUACGGUCAUUGCGGAGAUCCUCACAAAGGGGGAAAUCCAGCUUUCUGAGAAGGAGCGCCAGCUGAUGCUGAACAAGAUCAACAACGAGAUGCUGACCAUCAUCAGUGCCAAGUGUAUCAAUCCUGUGUCCAAGAAACGGUACCCUCCAACGAUGAUCCACAAGGCGCUUGUGCAGCUGAAGUUCAGCCCCGUAGUGAACAAGCCGGCCAAGUUGCAAGCCCUGGAGGCGAUCAAGUUGCUCGUUGCCAAACAGAUUAUCCCGAUCGUGCGGGCAAAGAUGAAAGUGAAAGUGACCGUUGCGGACCCAGCUGCCAAGAGUGAACUUGUAGAGAAGAUCUCCAAAUUGGUAUUCGCAGAAGAGGGGGCGAUGCCAACAACGUCUUCGUCGUCGUGGGAACGUACAGGUCUUAUUGAUCCAGUAAGUUACAGGGAUUUGGUUGCCUGCUGCCAGGGCGAAAGCACUUUACAAGUGCUAGAUAUGGCAGUGAUUGACGACUCCACUCACACCAAUUAG